AUGCAUACUCAAGACUGGGCUGACCUGGUUUCACACAGUCUUCUCUUUGUGUUGCCCUCACUGCAUCCACACAACUCCUCCACAGAACUGGUAAGCACUGGAUACACUUUACUAUCAAGAUGUAGCUUUACAUUUUGGCUAUAAUAAAGUAUCUUAGAUCUAUCUAUUUGAGAAUGUAUUCAGUCUUCUAUUUUAAUAAAACUGUUCAAAAUCGAAAGCUUGCCGAGCAUUACAUAACAAAUUGGUUUCUGUUUCUAUCCUUAUUUUGGAGGUUUUGGAGUGCCAGUCCAAACUGCCAGAAUGCUGUUUAGAAUCUCCAUGAUCUCAGCUCUUCUUGUAUGCUGUAAGUAUACAGUCCAGUAGCAAAUACAGGCUACUUUACCAGCCUGUUAGAGCAUGCACCAUGCACCAUGGAAGAGGGGUUGCAUUUAAAAGUGGAUUUCAGUCAAAACAAUAAACACACUCAGUGCCUAGCACCCCCACAACAACUGUGCAUGAAGAGAACCAUAUUAAGUGGCUGAAAAAUGAAUGUAAACAAAAUCCUCGGGGGUUGCAGCAGGUUAUUGGUGGAAUUACUGUAUUUACAGCAUGAUGGAGUGUUUCAUGCAACAUUACAUCUAACCAAGGGUGCUAGGUGCUAGCUGGCAGAGUGGCUCUGAAGGACUGGUGAGCAACAAACAGCAUCCAUCUUAUUAGGGCAAUGAAACUCUUCCACUGUCUGUCAUAGUUGUCUCUUCAGAAAGUAAAAUAAGACACUCUGCCAUGUAAAUAGAUGUGUUGUCUAAGUGCCCCUAAACAGGGCUCCUCCUGGUUGUAUAAAAACUACCAGUGAGUGCUAUUUAACCUAACGACAAGUCCAUGUGGACCAGCAUGUGCAGUUAGUUGUGUCUGUCCUGUUUGUUCAUAUCAGGGGCUGCCUGUGUAAUCCAUUAGGAUUGAUUUAUCUAGAAAAGCAAACCCCACUGCUUUUCCUCGAGGUUACAAUGGUGUUGAGUGUGCCAGAGAAACUUGCUUUCUGUAAGGCCUGACUAUGCCUUAGUGAUAAGUAGCACAUUUCAAUUACAAGGCCUGUGUGUUCAGGUGCCAUGACUGAUUGGAAAUUCAUUGUGGCGUUGAGGGUAAUAGAGUUCAUGAAGAUCCAACACUAGUGUUGAGGUCUGGGUGGGAGCAAUGGCUGCUGGUCAGAAUAACUACAACCUGACCAUUAACCUCUACGCUUAGAAGUUAGCGCUAAUUGUGAUCAUCCUCUUUAUGAUUUUUCCUGUGGUGGCCCCUGCAUACUUUUACUUGUUGCAGGACAAGUUAAUUAAUUGUGAGGUCCUCUGUAGCUCAGCUGGUAGAGCACGGCGCUUGUAACUCCAAGGUAGUGGGUUCGAUCCCCGGGACCACCCAUACACAAAAAUGUAUGCACGCACGACUGUAAGUCGCUUUGGAUAAAAGCGUCUGCUAAAUGGCAUAUUAUUAUAUAUUAUUAUUAUUAAUUGAGAGUGAUUGAGAAAUCCCCCCCACCCCACCCCGCCCCUCUCUCUCUCUCGCUCUCGCUCUCCUACAUCCAAGUCCUGCUGUUUGGUUUUGCUCUUGAACGUGAAAAGCAAAGUAAUGGAAGGGUGAAGAAGGAUAAGGAGAAGAAUGUCAGAGAUGUUGUUGAGGUCAAAAGGGAUCCAAAAGUGGGAAACAACAAGAAAGGAAAGAAGCUGACCCAAAACAAAAAUGUCAAAGGCAAAGAGACAGGAAGUCCAAAAAGUGACAAGGAGCCUUGGAACGACACUGUCUGCUCCAGCAUCGGUGGCAUCUGCCAACACAGUUCCUACGUCUGUCAGGGGAGGUACCUGAAGGACAAGUGUGCUGUACCUAAGACACACCAGUGCUGUAUGCCAGGUGAGACACUACUCUCUGCUUGGUAAUUCACAUUGGGAGUCUAUUGGCUUUCUGUUAUAUUCAGUGCUAACACAGUCUCAUGUCUUGUCUCUACAGCCGGGGCUUGGAGCGUCCUGUGUGCUGGUCACCAUAACAACAGAGUGAGGGGUUGUGACGUGUUUGGCUGUGGGGGCUUCAACUCUAGAAGGUGGGAGGGGGCCUAUUUUUUUCUCUUUUGGGGACAUUUCACAGAGCUUAUCAUACCUCUCUGAGCUUGACACUGCUCAUGUUUAAACCACAGAAAGAUGGGUUACAUUACAUUAUUGACAAUAUAGGUUGAAAUAUAUAGGGUGGCAAGUAGCCUAGCGGUUAAGAUUAAGAGUAUUUGGUCAGUAACCGAAAGGUUGCUAGUUUGAUUCCCCAAAGCCAACUAGGUGAAAAAUAUGUCAAUGUGCCCUUGAGCAAGGCACUUAAGCCUAAUUGCUCCUGUAAGUCUCUCUGGAUAAGAGUGUCUACUAAAAUGUAAAUAGGCAUGUCUGAAUAUGCAUUUGCUUAAAAGGAUAAUAUGUUUCGUAUGUUUUCUCUCACAGAGACGGUGACAGCCUCCACAAGGCAGUGGAUGUGGUGUGUGACGAUUACAGCAUUGUCAACUCCCCCUUCUCAGGUACCCUGAGGGGGCCAGUGGUCGGUAUCCAGUACGAUGGCGUUAAACUCUCCAACUCCGGUGAGCACUUCAUGCUGUACAGUAUACACUUGUAGCUUCAUUGCCGUAGAUUUCCCAAUCAGCAAAAACCACACAAGAGACUGGUAACUCAAGGAUGCUCCUAUACCAUGACCGUGAGAGCGGAACCUUGAACAGCACUAACUAUUUAUUAUAACCUUUCUAGAUGACCUAGUAGUAUGUAAUGGGGCAUUAGGUAGGCCUAUGUUCUCUCCAGGCCAGAGGCUGAUGUCUCAUUAUGGAGGAAAUUAUGAGGGAUUUGGAGGGAUAAGCCACAGUAGUGGAGGUGGGUUGAGAUUCCACCGAGCUCCCCUUUGCCUUUGACACUUGGACCUGGCUGCUUUUGAAUUCCUAUCAAAGGCAGCUAAUGCAUAAUUAUCUCCAGUAAUGGCCGUCAUUAAGGGCACAGCCAUGCGUCUGCAUUAGCCGUGUGCAUCCUUGCCUGAUAAGCAGCAGCGCAGGAACGGGUAAACAACAUUAUUCUGGUCCUCGCUACCUCUAAUUGAACCGCAGUAUGGGAGGAACACAUGUUCUGUCAGACUCUUUCAUCUUUCUCCAAACUGUAGCAUGAUUAGGCCUCACAGGGAACAAAUAAACUAUAAUCUGACUGCAGGGCAGUGUUGAAGAAUUAAGGAAGAAGCAGUUUUCCAUGGCUUCCUAAUGUUUGUUAGUGUGAGAGCCAGUCUGUUUUUGCUAUCAUGGCAAAAGCACAAACAGAUCUGGGACUAAAUGGGUGUUGUUUAUAUUAUUAUUGUUUCACACUUUAUCAUAACCAGGGUCUGAUGUGCAUCACAAGACUGUAUUGUCCCACUGAGCUAAAGUCUUCAGGUCUUCAGGGAAGGUUGCUCAAGGUUACUCAUCAUGCAAGGGUUGUUCACCGAGUCAUCCCCCUUACAUUAACAGUCUUUUCUUAAUUUGUAUGACAGAGUACUGUGUAAAGAUCUUCAACAUCCGUCCAUACCGCUACAUGGGGCCCAUCUCUCAGGGGGAGGCCCUGGGUUACCUGCUGCCCCUACAGGAGCGCUUCUCUGGCAUCACUUCACACAUGGAGCUUCAGAUGUGUGACCGCUCCGACCCGUCACCAUACAUCUGAAACACUCCUGGCCACAUGUGACAGGCCUCUAUAGAUUGAGGCUGGGGCCACAGAUACUGACGUUUUGUACUUGUAGAUACCGCUCUUAUUAAAACUGAAAUAUACCAGACACACACUUUUUCUGAAACCCAAAUACUGAUUUCCCUAAUAGAUGAUGAAAAAAACCUCUCUCCACCCAUUCACUUUGACCACAUCCCUAGUACAAUAGAUAAACAACAACAAAAUGUAUCUUGGUGUUCGUCUCUAUGGUCCUCCAAUGUGAGUGAAUGGGCCUAGUACAACUGCAAUUCUCCUUUAAACCAUCAGAGGGCAUUAAACAACAAAAUGUUCCUAGAUUCAGUAUUCAUAAUGUACCACAAGAUGAUGCUACAUCUCAACACAAACCUCUGUGUUGAGCUGAAAAUGUAUCACAAAAAUAGCUCAUCCAUGCCAACUUCAAUUAAAGUGUGUGUAGGGCCUACUAUUUGGAAGCACCCGUUAACAAAAAAGAAGGCAAACACAGUGGAUAAACAGUACUCCAACACCCUUAAUUGUGUGUUUUUCAGCUAAUUUUAACAAUUGUGUCUUUCUAAAUGUAUUUGUGUUUUUCCAUAUAUGAAUGUACUGGCUGUUCAAUAAAAAAGGCAAAACAAAC